AUGGAUAACGUAAAAUGUGUCAGACAUCCGGACCAUGCUGGUACCUCAUCGAAUCUUCUGGUGGCUGCUGGACUACCCACCUUCACCGCCCACUGUUGCCUGGCAGAAAAAAAAUUUGAUCACCGCCCUAUGAGGAAUCUACGUGCGAAAAAAGGGGAAAAAGAGGAAAAGGAUGAAAACUGA